CCAGUGGACAACGUGCUCUAUCUGGCCGACUCGUACAAGGUAUCGCUCUUCUUCCGUUCGCGCCCUGGUCUGUCUCGGGCCCAGGCGCCGGCAAGGGGCGCCGCUGUGGCGCGCCUCCGCUGGCCCGGUGACCUGUGUCGGUUGCGCUUCCCAGCUAUGGUUUGUCGCAUUCGAGUGAUUCAUCGCUUAAGUUGUGUUCAGGUGACGCAUCACAACCAGUAUCCAGAAGGCACCACCCAUGUGUACAGCUACUUCGAGAGCCGUGGCGGAAAAUUCCCGGAAAUUUGUUUUUUCGGCCUCCAGUACAUAUUGAAACGCUGGCUUGUUGGCCCGGUGGUUUCAAAAGCGAUGAUUGAGCAAGCCAAGCAGUUCUACAAAGCUCACUUCGGAGGUCUGGAUAUUUUCAACGAGGAAGGAUGGAACCACAUUGUUGACGUGCACAAAGGCUAUCUUCCACUGAGGAUCAAAGCAGUUCCGGAAGGGACCGUUGUGCCUGUUAAAAAUGUCCUUUUUACCGUCGAAAAUACAGAUCCACAAGUUCCAUGGCUAACCAGUUGGUUUGAGACUUUACUGGUUCAAGUUUGGUACCCAAUGACAGUAUGCACCAGCUCAAGGGCGCAGAAACUCGUCAUUGCUCGGUACUUGCAUGAGACAGCCGACUCAAUUGAUGGGAUUCACUUUAAAUUGCAUGAUUUUGGAUAUCGUGGCGUGUCAUCUGUCGAGGUUUGUGGCUUUAUAAAGUUUCUUGACCAGAUGCUUGUUCCACUCCGGGCUAAUAUCAGUGCCUCGAUAGGUGGAGCAGCGCAUUUGGUGAAUUUCUAUGGCACCGAUACGAUUGCGGGCUUGCAGUAUUAUUCAGCGAAAAUGGCUGGCUUUUCAAUACCUGCUGCUGAACACAGGAUUUGGGAAACAGAUUUGCCUGAUUUCGCUGCCUUUUAA